AUAAAUUCCAUUUGUUUCGGGAUAAAUCUCCACAUGAGUCGUUUUUAAAAACUGUUGAGCCCCAAUAACAGAUUUUUCUGCUAACAUCAGCUUCAUUUUUUUUCAAUCAGGUUAAAAUGCCGACCGAAGGAGCCGAUCGCACCACUCCAGGCCUGCAGGGGGCGCUGUGAAACAGCUCCGGAUCACGCUGCGCUUCCUGUCACCUCAGUUGUUAGCACAUGUUCAGGAGGAGCAGCGUGAGGAGCUUCGGAGCCGAGUGAACCUCUGGAUAAACUGGUGAGAUGACAGAAAGCAAAGCGGAGUCCGCUUCGCAGCGGCCCAGAGAGCUGCUGGCGCUGAACCCGGAGCUGGAGGUCGAGUUCAAGAAGAAGGUCCAAGAGGUGAAGAAGAAGAACCGCGGCGGGAAGGGGAGCCGUGUAACUCCAGGUGUGGUGUAUGUCGGCCAUCUUCCUCUGGGGCUGUUCGAGCCGCAGCUCCGGUCCUACUUUGAGCAGUUCGGGACGGUCCUGCGCCUGCGGCUGUCCAGGAGCAAAAAGACCGGCGGCAGCAAAGGUUUCGCCUUCAUCGAGUUCGAGAGCGGCGAGGUGGCGAAGAUCGUCGCGGAAACCAUGAACAACUACCUGAUGGGGGAAAGGCUCAUCAAGUGUGAGGUUCUGCCUCCAGAGAAGGUCCACGAGAAGCUGUUCGUCGGGUCCCAGAGGAUGUUCCGCAGGCCGGCCCAGCCCGCCGUGACCCGGUACAACCGGUCCCGCUCGACGGAGCAGCUGGAGGCCAUGACCCGCCGCCUGCUGAGGAAGGAGUCGCAGCUGCGCAGGAAGCUGGCCCGGCAGGGGGUCCAGUAUGACUUCCCCGGAUUUGCGGCCCAGAAGAAGACGACCUCCGCCGUCCUGGACGCUUCGUCCUGCAGCGAUACCACGCCCGUCUGUACGCCGUCCUUCCUGGAGAGGAGGAAGUCCACGGUCGUCCUGGACGACGAGGAGGACAGCGAGAUCAUCCUGAAGAUGCCGGAGGAAGAGGAAGACGAUGAUGAUGAUGAUGACUGCAACAUGGAGGAAGAUGAGGAAGAGGAGGACUCUGACAGCUCUGAGGACAAAGAGGAGGCCCAGUGAAGGGUUUCAGUAUUUAAGGUGGACUGGGACAGUUUCUACCUCCAGACUGGAGCCAGAGCGACCCGAUUGGUCCAACAGAACCGGGCUGGUCCAGGAUGGCUCUGCUUCCUGCUUUAUUAUUGUUAUUGCUAUGAUUAGGGAAUAUUCUCCAUUAGAGAAUAUUCCCUAAUAUUGCAGCAGAGAAGCGGACCAGCCAGGGAAAACGUGGGCUGUGCCACAUGACCAAUCACGGACCGCAUGACCCCCCCCCCCCCCCCC